AUGUCUGUCUAUGCUAUCCUCGGCGCCACAGGGAACUGCGGUACUGCUCUCAUCGAUAACCUUCUCCGCACUGAAGGUGCAAAGAUCAACGCCUACUGCCGCAACAAAGCCAAGCUGAUCCAAAAAGUCCCCGAGGUUGCCAAUAAUAAGCGCAUACAGGUCUACGAAGGGAGCAUCUACGACAUUGAUCUUCUGGCUGAAUGUAUUCGCGGCACUCGUGCCAUCUUCCACGUUGUGACCACAAAUGAUAACGUACCAGGUUGCUGUGUCGGUGUUGACACGGCAAAGACCAUCGUUGCCGCGCUGCAAAAAUUGAAAAUGCAUGGGCAGCUCAGUGUAGCCCCCAAAAUUCUCCUGCUCUCCUCGGGGACAAUCGAUGACAAUCUGAGUCGGCAUAUGCCGUGGUGGUUUAGAUCCAUCCUCCGUACUUCUGCCUCGCAUGUAUAUGAGGACCUACGCCGGGCGGAAGGUUAUCUCCGAGCAAAGGAGGAUCUGGUGUCGACAAUUUUCAUUAAGCCGGGUGGGUUGGCUGUUGAUGCACAACGGGGCCAUGAGUUGAAUCUGGACCAUGACGAGUCGUUUGUCUCGUAUCUAGAUUUAGCAUCAGGGAUGGUUGAGGCGGCUAAUGAUGAUACGGGCCAAUUUGAUAUGAAGAAUGUGAGCGUGGUGAAUAGAAAUGGGUCGGCCAAGUUUCCUUCAGGUACACCAAUCUGUAUCGCGGCUGGCCUGGUGAGGCACUUCUUCCCCUUUCUACAUGCGUAUUUGCCCUCAACUGGGCCUUGCUAG